GGUGGCUACUCUAUUUAGCCACUUCGGUCAGGCUCACGGCACGCACACCCGUUUCACUCGGCAGCUGCGAAGCUGUGUGCGCGCCGGCCAUGGAGAAGAGGGCGCACGCGAUGCUGUUCCCGUUCCCGUGCUCGGGCCACAUCAACCCGACGCUGAAGCUGGCGGAGCUGCUGCACUCGCGCGGGGUGUACGUCACCUUCGUCAACACGGAGCACAACCACGAGCGGCUGCGGCGCACGGGCACGGCCGGAGGGCUGCACGGGCGAGAGGGGUUCCGGUUCGAGGCCGUCCCUGACGGGCUGUCGGAGGAGGACCGGCGCAGCCCGGACAAGACUGUGAAGCUGUACCUGUCGCUCCGGCAGAGCUGCGGCCCGCCGCUGGUGGAGCUGGCGCGGAGGCUCGCGGAGAGCGAGGGCGUGCCGCCGGUCACCUGCGUCGUGCUCAGCGGCCUCGUCAGCUUCGCGCUGGCCGCCGCAGAGGAGAUCAGCGUGCCGUCGUUCGUGCUGUGGGGCACCAGUGCGUGCGGAUUCGUCUGCACGCUCCGGCUGCGGGAGCUCCGACAGAGGGGCUACACGCCGCUCAAAGACGAGAGCUACCUGACGAACGGGUACCUCGACACGCCGAUCGACUGGAUCGCCGGGAUGCCGCCGGUGCGGCUCGGUGACAUCUCCAGCUUCGUCCGGACGCUGGACCCGAAAUGCUUUGCGCUGCGCGUGGAGGAGGAGGAGGCCAACAGCUGCGCCAGGGCGCAGGGCCUCAUCCUCAACACGUUCGAGGACCUCGAGUCCGACGUCCUCGACGCGCUCAGGGGCGAGUUCCCGCUGGUGUACACCAUCGGUCCCCUGGCCGCCGCCAUGCACCACCGCGUCGACCGCGCGCAGGGGCAGGGCGCGGCCGGGCUGAGCCUGUGGGAGGAGGACGCGGCCUGCAUGGCAUGGCUCGACGCGCAGCCGGCGGGGUCGGUCCUGUACGUCAGCUUCGGGAGCCUGGCCGUGCUCUCGCUGGACCAGCUCGCGGAGCUCGCGUGGGGCCUCGCCGCCAGCAACCGCCCGUUCCUCUGGGUCGUCCGCCCGGGCCUCGUUGCGGGCGAUCGCGGCGCCGACGCGCUGCCCGGCAAGUUCCUCGCGGAGACCAAGGGCCGGUGUUUCAUCGCCGAGUGGUGCGCGCAGGAGCAGGUGCUGCGGCACCGCGCCGUGGGCGGGUUCCUGACGCACAGCGGGUGGAACUCGACGAUGGAGAGCAUCUGGUCCGGCGUGCCGAUGGUCUGCUGGCCCGGGUUCGCCGACCAGUACAUCAACUGCCGGUACGUGUGCCGGGAGUGGGGCAUCGGGCUGCUCCUGGACGAGCAGCUGCGGCGGGAGCAGGUCACGGCGCAUGUCGAGGAGCUCAUGGGAGACACCGAGAAGGCCAAGGAGAUGAGGCGCAGCGCCGCCAAGUGGAAGGCGUUGACCAAGGCGGCGACGGCGCCCGGCGGGUCGUCGUACGAGAACCUCGAUAUGCUCGUCGAGGUGCUGCGGCUGCAUGAACCGGCUGACGCCGAGCUUGCCGGCGCGGUGACGCACGGUGCCCAGUGACGACAUGUCCCACGGUUUGUCGUGCCGUGCUGGUUCGAUGCAAGUGUACUGCACCCUUUUGACGUUUCCUCUCGUCUCACAGUUGUCAGCUCUUAUCUGAUUCCUGGAUAAGAGUUCGGUGACAGAAGCGAUCGUAACUGGUUUCGUACACGCAGUGUUUCGUUUCAACCAGCUAUGCGAAUUGUUUGUAUCGUAGCAGUUGAUUGCUUGUCUCAGCAUGAACAUUUUUAGUGGACAAA